AUGGGUUUGCCGCCAUCCUUCGGUUCGGCUCAUGUCGGCGAGACCUUCUCCUGUGCUCUCUGCGCCAACAACGAACUCCCCUCAGCACAGUCAACCAAAAGCGUAUCAGGAACAAGAAUCUUGGCCGAAAUGCAGACACCAUCUCAAGCCGUGCCCCUAGAGCUCUAUGCGGCUGAUGAUCUAACAGAAGACAGCUCGAGUCACUCCGGGCCCGGAAGCGCCUUGCAAAGGAUCAUUCGGUUCGACCUGAAGGAGGAAGGCAACCACGUGCUCGCCGUCAAUGUCACCUACACCGAGACCCUUUCAGGUGAUGGCCAAGCCACCGGCGGAAGGGUUCGAUCGUUUCGGAAAUUGUACCAAUUCCUCGCCCAACCAUGUGUGAGCGUGCGAACCAAGACCACUGAACUGGAAGCUGUCAAAGUUUCCGACAAAGCGCAUGGUCCGUAUGAAAAGGCCACUUUGCUGCGCUAUGUUUUAGAGGCACAACUGGAAAACGUAUCAGAUGCGCCGAUAUUGCUGCAGCAGACUAAACUCCAGCCGAAGCUGCCAUUCAAGUCGACUUCGCUGAAUUGGGAUGCUGAACAGGAUAACGAUGUUGCCGCGGAAUACCCGUCGCUCAAACCCCGAGAUAUCAUACAAGUAGCCUUUCUGGUCGAGCAGGAACAAGGCGUCGCAGAAGGAUUGGAGGACCUCAAGGAUAGUAUCAAACGUGAUGGCAGGGCGGUUCUGGGCCAACUUGCUAUUCAAUGGCGGACCGAAAUGGGAGAACGAGGUUCCCUGAGCACCGGGAACCUCUUGACUCGGCGCAAAGUAGCAUAA